CGCCCCGCUGCCGCGGCCUGAGGGGCGGGGUCCCGGAGCUGCCAGCAAGCCUUGGCCUCUCACCCGGCCAGGGACAUCUGCUUGCAAGAGGCCGAGCGCCGAGCCUCCCGGCACCUGGCGGAGCACGCAGCAGGACGGCGGGUAGCUGAGGGGCAGUCCUCCAAAGUAGUUGGUCCCCUCCGGGUAGCCGUAGGUGUCAGGUGACUGGCUUGGCAGAGGCCGCGUGACUCUUAGGUGACUCGCUACAGCCAUGGCGGCGACCAGGCAGUUGUCCCGCUUCUGGGAGUGGGGGAAGAACAUCGUGUGCGUGGGGAGGAACUACGCGGACCACGCCAAGGAGAUGCGCAGCCCGGUGCUAAGCGAGCCGGUGCUCUUCCUGAAGCCCUCCACCGCCUACGCCCCCGAGGGCUCACCCAUCCUCAUGCCGGCCUACACCUGCAACUUACACCACGAGUUGGAGCUGGGCGUAGUGAUGGGCAAGCGCUGCCGUGCGGUCCCGGAGACCAUGGCCAUGGACUACGUGGCCGGCUACGCCUUGUGCCUGGACAUGACUGCCAGAGACGUGCAGGACGAGUGCAAGAAAAAGGGGCUACCCUGGACCCUAGCCAAGAGCUUCACUGCCUCGUGCCCGGUCAGCGCGUUCGUAUCCAAAGAGAAGAUCCCAGACCCUCACAAGCUGAAGCUCUGGCUCAAGGUCAAUGGUGAACUCAGACAGGAAGGUGAGACAUCUUCCAUGAUUUUUUCCAUCCCUUACAUCAUCAGCUAUGUUUCUAAGAUAAUAACCUUGGAAGAAGGAGAUAUUAUUUUGACUGGGACGCCAAAAGGAGUUGGACCAGUUAAAGAAAACGAUGAGAUCCAGGCCGGCAUACAUGGCGUGGUCAGUAUGACAUUUAAAGUGGAAAGGUCGGAGUAUUGAAUCACUUCUUAACGCGUUUCAGGAGAGAAGGAAACAAGACAGAAGCAAGCAAUGUUAUUGAACGUGAUAAUCUUAAUAAGAAAUGAAUUCUUUAAAAAACGAUUUGGUUAAAUUACAGUGUCACACCUCCCAGAAGAUGGACCUUUCAAGAAAAAUGUGAUCUAGAAGGGCUGGGCCAGAAAUGCAAACAGCCAAAGUAAAAGAUUUGCAAUGCUUCUGAAGACACCAUAUCAAACCAAAUGUUCAAGAGAUUUAGGGUUCUUUUUUUUUUUUUUGCUGCCCCCCACCCGGUCCCUGAGAUUUAGUUUUCUUUUGUAAAACUUGACUGGAUAAGACUUUUCAGUAUUAUAGAAUGAUAAUAGUUCAAGACUUAAAAACUGCAAAGGAAGCUGAGAGCAAUGUUCCAGAUCAGCGUUCCCCAGAUAUUUUUGGACUUAGUGAUCAUCAGGAGGCAUUUGUAAAAAUAAAAAUUUCCAACUUA